AUGGCUUCCCCAACUGCCCCUUUGCUUCGUCGCCUAGGCAAAGACGGUCCUCUGAUACCUGCCAUAGGAUUCGGUACAAUGGGCAUGAGCAUAGCAUAUGGACCAGCAGCGUCGGAUGCUGAACGCCUCGAGCUUCUUGACCGCGCAUGGGCACUCGGUUGUACAAAUUGGGACACGGCGGACGUCUACGGUGACAGUGAGGAUAUAAUCGGAAAAUGGUUUGCGCUGCACCCCGAGCGCAAAGACAUCUUUCUCGCCACGAAAUUUGGCCUCAGUGUUGGAAACGAUUAUAGCAUUAGCGUCGAUUCCUCGCCGGACAAUUGCGCCAAAUGCUUCAAACGCAGCUUAGAUCGGCUUAAUGUUGACUAUAUCGACUUGUACUACUUGCAUCGCCCCAACCCCAAAGUUCCGAUCGAGAAAACCAUCAUGGCGAUGCAAGAGCUCGUGAGUCAGGGUAAGGUCAAAUACUUGGGUCUCUCAGAGGUAUCUUCAAGCACCGUCAGACGCGCCUACAAUGUGCACCCGAUUUCGGUUGUGCAAGCAGAAUAUAGUCCAUGGACACUAGACAUCGAGGAAUCCCAGGGCACGAACCUCCUUGCCACAUGCCGCGAACUUGGAAUCUCAAUUUUUGCGUAUUCACCGCUCGGUAAUGGCAUCAUGACGGGCAGAUACCGGUCAAGCGCUGACUUUGGCCCCGGUGACGCUCGGGUCGGCAUGAAGCGCUUCCAAGGAGAAAAUUUCCAGAAGAACCUCGAGCUAGUUGAUAAGUUAGCAGAUGUAGCUAAAGCAAAGGGCUUCGAACCUGGACAACUGGUUCUGGCAUGGCUCCUAGCCCAAGGAGAUGACAUUUUUGUUGUCCCCGGAACGAAGAACAUCAAGUAUUUGAAGCAGAACUUCGCCGCUUCAGGUGUGGGUAUAUCAGAGGAUGAGAAGCGGUCUAUAAGGGACUUGGUAUCUGCUGUUGGAUUCAGCGGAGGUAGGGACACCACUUAUGGAUCUUACAUUGAUACGGUCGCUCUUUGA